GCGCAGGCGCGCUGUGGAGGGAUGCGGCCUCCCUCGCUGUUUCGCGCAUCUGCGCAGUUGGUAUUAUUGUGACUGUCGGGCCGUGGCCCCGGAUGUUGUGGCUGCCGGGGGGAGAUGGCGGAGGCAGAGGGGGUGGCCGAGGCCCCAGGCCCAGCCUCGGGUCAGACUUUCAAGGGUCACCACCCUAUGUCUGGCUCCUGGGAGCGGGACCAGCAGGUUGAGGCGGCGCAGCGGGCCCUGGUGGAGGUGCUGGGGCCUUACGAGCCUCUGCUGAGCCGAGUGCAGGCAGCCCUGGUGUGGGAGCGGCCAGCCAGGAGCGCCCUGUGGUGCCUGGGGCUGAACGCGGCUUUCUGGUUCUUUGCCCUGACAUCCCUUCGUCUUGUGUUUUUACUUGCAUUCAGCUCAAUGAUCAUUGUGUGUAUAGAUCAAUGGAAGAACAAAAUCUGGCCUGAAAUAAAAGUGCCAAGACCCGACGCGUUAGACAAUGAGAGCUGGGGCUUUGUGCACCCUCGGUUGCUCAGCGUGCCCGAGCUCUGCCACCACGUAGCUGAAGUCUGGGUUAGUGGGACCAUUUUCAUAAGGAAUCUUUUGCUUUUCAAAAAGCAAAACCCAGGCAAGUUCUGCUUGCUGAGCUGUGGGAUACUGACCUUUUUGGCUGUCUUGGGCCGCUACAUCCCUGGGCUCCUGCUCUCCUACUUAAUUCUUGUCACUGUCAUGAUGUGGCCCCUCGCGGUGUACCACCGACUGUGGGACCGAGCAUACGUAUGGCUGAAGCCCGCACUGCAGCGGCUGGACUUCAGUGUUCGUGGCUACAUGAUGUCCAGGCAGAGAGAGAGGCAAUUGCGGCGCAGAGCUCUCCACCCAGAGCACGCUGUGGACAACCACAGUGACAGCGAGGAGGAGCUUGCUGCCUUCUGUCCUCAGCUAGAUGAUUCCACUGUUGCCAGGGAACUUGCCAUCACAGACUCCGAGCACUCGGAUGCUGAGGUCUCCUGUACAGACAACGGUACAUUCAACCUUUCACGGGGCCAAACACCUCUAACAGAAGGCUCUGAAGACCUAGAUGGUCACAGUGAUCCAGAGGAAUCCUUUGCCAGAGACCUUCCAGACUUCCCUUCCAUUAACGUGGAUCCUGCUGGCCUGGAUGAUGAGGACGAUACCAGCAUCGGGAUGCCCAGCUUGAUGUACCGGUCCCCGCCAGGGGCCGAGGAGUCUCAGGGCGCCCCUGCCAGCCGGGAAGAGGCCGCGCUGCCGGAGCUUUUGCUUGGUGCCCUGCCUGCAGGAUCCAACCUCACCAGCAACCUUGCUAGCCUGGUUUCGCAGGGCAUGAUCCAGCUGGCCCUGGCAGGGGCCUCCCAGCCAGGCCCGUCUGGCCCACCUCCCCGGAGAGCCGCCAGAGGUGUCCUCAGGGCACCCAGUUCAGACCUGGACACUGAUGCUGAGGGGGAUGACUUUGAACUUCUGGACCAGUCAGAGCUGAAUCAGCUGGACCCUGCCAGUUCCAGGAGCCACUGAGGAGAGACUUCCUCUGGGGGGUCACUGUGGUUUAAGUUUUUUUUUCUCCCCAUUCCACUUAAGGUGAAGGGGCAAGGGAAGAACCCAGGUCCCACCCUCUGAAUUAUAUAUGUAUGCACGGUGGCCUGGCUGAUGCUCAGAGGCCUUCUGAGAGAGGAUACUCACUCCCUUGCUAUCAGCUGGAUGCUGAUAUCUGAGCUCAAGUCACCGAAGUGAGA